AUGUCCUGCUCCGCCGUGUGCGCCUCUCCCUGCGGGGUGGCCGCCCCGGCCCCGCUGGCCGACGCCUGCAACGAGCCCUGCGUGCGGCAGUGCCCCGACUCCACCGUGCUGAUCCAGCCCCCGGCGUCGGUGCUCACCUUGCCCGGGCCCAUCCUCAGCUCCUUCCCGCAGCACAGCGUCGUCGGCUCGGCGGGAGCCCCCGGCGUUGGAGGGGGCUUCGGCGGCACCUUUGGAGGCUACGGAGGCCUCGGGGGCUACGGAGGCCUCGGGGGCUAUGGAGGCCUUGGGGGCUCUAGAGGCUUUCGGGGCCUUGGAGGGUUUGGGCGUUAUUGGGGUCUGGGGGGCCUUGGUGGCUCUGGGGCCUUUGGGAGCUGCGGGUACGGGGGCUGGGGCCUUGGGCACCGCUACCUCAACGGCAACUGCGGGCCCUGCUGA